UCUCACUUUUUUCCCCCCAAACCAAGCAACCAUGGCGGAAGCGCGCGCUGCCGUCAUGUCGCCGUUCGGUGUCUCCUCUUCGGAGGGCGAGAUUGUUCUCCGCAUCAACAAGGAUGCCAUCCCGGCGCUCGUCCGCGCGACCAGGAAGGUUGUCGCCCGCGCUCGCAACGCAGUCAUCAACUCGAUCUUCCCCGCCAAGCCAGUCCAGUGGGUCUUCUCGGUCGCCUCCCCGGCUGCCAUCCUCCUCUUCCCCAACCACCAAUACCUGUCGCCGUACUCUUCUCUCCUCACCAAGUUUGGCAGCUACAUCCCUGGCAUCCGAUCGUUCUCUCCCAAUGGACAAAUCGCGCUCAUCUCGGCUGUGACUGGCACUGGCAUCUUCCUCACUGCUUCCUUCCUGCGUCGUGUCUGCCUCCGUCUUCUCCUCUCGUACCGCGGCUGGCUGUACGAGGCUCCUCGCCAGCAAAGCUUCUCGACCACUGCUUGGGCUGUCUGCGUCCGCAUCUUCACCGGCUCCCAUGCCCUGACUUAUGGCUUCCAAAACUCAAUCCCGUCGCUGCCCGUGCCUCGCCUGAGGCAGACGUGCGCUCGCUACCUCCGCUCGGUGGCUGGCAUUCAGAGCACCGAGGAGCUUGCCCGCUCGCAGGCGCUUGUCGACCAGUUCCUCGCCAACGAGGGCCCGCGUCUUCAGCGCUACCUCAUGCUCAAGUGGCUCACGACCUCCAACUAUGUCUCUGACUGGUGGGAAAAGUACGUCUACCUGCGCGGCCGCUCGUCCAUCAUGGUCAACUCGAACUACUAUGUGCUCGACGCCUUCACCUACAUGCCCUGCACCAACCAGCUUGCCCGUGCCGCUCUUUUCAUUUCCAACAUUCUCAAGUUCAAGCGCGAUCUCGACCGCGAGGAAAUCGAGCCCAUCACCAUCCGCGACACCGUCCCGCUCUGCAUGGCCCAGUACGAGCGCCUGUUCACCACCACCCGCAUCCCCGGCAAGGAGUGCGACACGCUCGAGCACCACGACUACUCGUCGUACAUUGUUGUCCUCCGCAAGGGCCGCUACUACCAGCUCUCCGUCUACAACCGCAAGGGCCAGAUUCUCGCCCCGUUCGAAUUUGAAAACCACCUGCACUGGAUUGUCGAGGACGCCGACCGCGGUGACUCUGCCUCGUACGAGGAGGAGCACCUUGCCGCCUUCACGGCCGAGGAGCGCCACGUCUGGGCCGCUGUCCGCAGCGAGCACUUUGCCUCGGGCGUCAACAAGGAGUCGCUGGACAUUAUCGACAAGGCCAUCUUUGUGCUUUCGCUCGACACUGAAACCCCCAAGGACCUGUCCUCGCGCGGCAAGGCCCUGCUGCACGGAAAUGGCUACAACCGCUGGUUUGACAAGUCCUUCACCUUGGUGCUCUUCCCCGACGGCCGCGCUGGCCUCAACUGCGAGCACUCGUGGGCCGAUGCUCCCGUCGUUGCCCACAUGUGGGAAUGGGUCAUGUGCCACGAGACUGAGGACGCGUACGACGAGCACGGCCACAACAUCCGCCCCGAGAGCACGACUCCUCGCGUCGCCACCGCCGCGCCCCACAAGCUUGCCUGGGACUUUUCGCCCAAGCUCAGCGAGGCCAUCAAGACGGCCGUCGCCAAGGCCACGACCAUCAUCAACGACCUCGACCUCAGCAUUCUCCACCACAGCAAGUAUGGCAAGGACUACAUGAAGCACGCCAAGAUCUCCCCCGACGCGUACGUCCAGAUGGCACUUCAGCUGGCCUACUACCACGAUUCGAACGGCGAAACCCCUCUGACCUACGAGUCGAGCAUGACCCGUCUGUACAAGCAGGGCCGCACCGAAACCGUCCGCCCCGCGUCGGUCGAUGCCCGCGAGUUUGUGCGCGCAAUGGUCAACCCCUCCGUCACCAAGGAGCAACGCAUCCAGCUCCUGCGCAAGGCCGGCGAAACCCACCAAAACCUCUACCGCGACGCCAUGUCUGGCAAGGGCAUUGACCGCCACCUGUUUGCGCUGUACGUUGUCUCCCAAGGCCUCGGCGUCGACUCGCCCUUCCUCAAGGACGCCCUGUCCCGCGCAUGGAAGCUCUCGACUUCGCAGCAGCCCCAGCAGCAGACCAAGCUGUGGGAGCCCGAGGGCAAGGAUCGCCACAAGAUCGGCCCUGGCGGCGGCUUUGGCCCCGUCGCCGACGACGGCUAUGGCACCUCGUACAUGUUUGCUGGCAGCCACUGCCUCUUUGCGCACGUUUCGAGCAAGAUUUCUGCCAAGAACACGGACUCUGCCCGCUUUGCCAACAACCUCGAGCGUGCCUUUGAAGAAUUGGCCGCGCUCUUCCGUUAAAACUUUGGCUAUGUUGUUGCUUUUUGUUGGGUAUUUUUUUUUUGUUUGUUUGUAAAUGUUUCCUCUUUUGAAACCUCGUGUAUGCCAGAUGGUCCCCCUUUUGGAAUUACAAUCGACACCACGAGAUUCUCAAAAAAAAAAAAAA